CAGCACAGUUUCGCUUUAGUUUAGCUGGUGGACCAAGUCAAGGUGGACGGUAUUCUUUCCAAGUUUUAUCGAAAUAAGAGAAUAAACUCCAACAUGAAGCUGGCCCUGUUCGUCGCUGCUGUAGCAGCUGUUGUCUGCUCCGUCCUCUGCAAAGAGAGUGCACCAAAGGUUCAGGUGUACAGCCGGAACCCGGGGAUCUACGAUCAGGAGAACACCCUGAUCUGCCACGUGAACAACUUCCACCCCCCGGACAUCACCAUCGAGCUGCUGGAGGACGGAGUGGAGCUCCCCCAAUCCAAGCAGACCGACCUGGCCUUCAAGCAGGACUGGCAGUUCCACCUGACCAAGAGCGCCCCCUUCACCCCCAAGGAGGGCAAGAAGUACUCCUGCAAGGUCACCCACGUGGGCAAGCCCAAAGCAUACGUCUGGGAGCCAAACAUGUAAGCGGCUCGGAGGCCUUGGCUGGGUGAUGUCAGACCUCUGGUCUUCCACUGGAACAUUUAUUCACCAUGACUUCAAUCAACAAUAUCUAUCCAUCCUGACUCAUCCAGUCCCACUUUUCUACCACCCUUGUUUGCAGGUGAUGGAUCGCUCUCAUGUGAUCCAAGGGUUUUAGCUUCUGUAUAAAUCUGUGGUGUUUGUGUUUGGGGCAACUUUAAUUCUGGUUUCCUUCUCGCUGAACAUUUGUUUGUAAAGUUGAGAUAAAAAGAAAAAAGCUUCUGUUAAUUGGAUGGCAUCAACUCCAACUCCAAGAUAACUGCCCCACAAAAUAACCAUGCCAAUCAUUCUUUGUGUAAUUUUGAUAACUUAAGCUGUCUUGUUUUCUUUUAUGUGUUUGUUUCUACCAUCACGAGAGGCUGGGAUUGGCCAGUUUAAUGGAAAUUAUUUCCAAACCAAAUUAAAGUGUAUGUUGUUUUUUUUAGAAAUCAAGUUAUUGACUUACGAUGGUUAUCAUACCUUCUACAAAAUAAAAGCCUCUUUAAAAAAUU